AUGGAGGACAUCCCCGGCAAGCGCUCCGCUGGCACUCUACAGUGGGCAGGCCAUCCGAACCUGUUCUGGUGGAUUGAUCGGACCAAGGGCAUAGCGGGGACGACGUUUACCCAAGCUAUCUCGCAAGCUGACGCUAGGUUUGAACAACUGACAAGUGCAUUUGAGUUGGCGGUUUACGCGGAAUUUGCGUGA